CUGAGUGAUCAAAUGAACCAAAAUAAUAUGGUUUUAUCUGUCAAAAGACGGUUAACACCUAGCGACUACUGAAGACAUUCGGGUUGGACAUUGUUGACAUGCUUUAUUUGGACUGUCAUCAUGGACAAGAUUUUGGAGGGUCUAGUGAGCUCCGAUCACUCUGUUCCUGUGAAGAGGGCCAUUGUGAAGAAGGUAGUGGAAGCAGCGGAGAAAGAGGUGACGGAGGAGCAGUGUCAGGCAUUGUUUACUCUCACCACCCGCCUCAUCUUGCUUGGUGAAGAUGCCUUUCAGAGGCAGAUCGGCUUCCAGGUUUUGGAAGCCUACGCACGUUACCACCGCCCAGAGUUUGAGCGUUUCUUCAGUAAAGACUUUGUCCUCGGUCUUCUCCAGCAAGGCUAUGGCCAGCUGGACCGCAAACACCCAGCCAUAAUAGACUACAUUCACUGCUGCCUGCGGCUGCUUAUCAGCUGCCCCUCUGUGCUUGAGAUCUUCAGCAUUGUUCAGGUGGAGGUUUUAAGGAUGGUGUGUGAGCGUCCGGAGCCGGCUCUUUGUGCCCACCUGAGCACUUUGAUGUCAGACUUUGUGCAGUGCAUCCCGAGGGAGAAGUCAGGCGUGUUGUUCUGCCAGCAGCUGGUGAGGACCAUCAGUUACUUCCACUGCUUUGCCAGCCAAGAAGAGGAGCUGAGGGAGUACGUAGGUCAGGUGACAAAGGUUAGCACACUGCUGCAAAACAUCUGGAAGGCUGAUCCAGCCACGCUGCUUCCCUCACUGCAGGAAGUGUUUGCUAUUAUCUCUUCUACAGACCCCUCCUUUGACCCUUCCAUUGCUCUGGCCAGCCUGGUGCAGCACAUCCCCGUCCAGAUGAUCACGGUGCUCAUCAAGAGUCUCACCACGGACCACAAUGUCAAAGAUGCAAACAUGACUAAAGCCCUCUGCAGGAUGAUUGACUGGCUUUCUUGGCCUCUGGCUCAGCAUGUUGACACCUGGGUCAUUGCUCUGCUGAAGGGACUGGCUGCAGUUCAGAAGUUCACGAUCCUCAUCGACGUCACUCUGCUUAAAAUUGAACUGGUAUUCAGUCGUCUGUGGUACCCCAUCGUGCGGCAGGGAGCGCUAGCGGUCCUCUCCCACAUGCUGCUGAGCUUCCAGCACUCUCCUGAAUCCUUCCAUCUGGUUGUUUCACACGUGGUGCAUCUUGUCCGGUCUUUGAGGACAGACGGUCUUCCCACCAGCAAAGCUUUCUUGCUGCAGUUCACUGAGCUCAUACACUGCAUGAUGUACCAGUACUCCGGCUUCCCUGACCUCUAUGACCACAUACUAGAGGCCAUCAAGGAUCUCCCCAAACCUGGAGAAGAGAAGAUCAAGCUGGUGUUGAAUCAAAGUGCCUGGACGUCCCAAUCCAACUCAUUCGCCUCGGGUCCUCUGAGGCAAGUUGGAAAGUCUGAGACCGGCAAGACUGGCCUGGUCAACCUGGGGAACACCUGCUUCCUGAACAGCAUCAUCCAGACGCUCUUCAUGGCCACUGAUUUCAGGCGGCAUGUUUUAUCAUUACAUGUAAAUGGUUCCAACAUGCUAAUGAAAAAGCUCCAGCUGCUCUUUGCUUUCCUUGCACACACUCAGAGGGCAGCAUACGCUCCCAAAAACGUCUUGGAAGCAUCUCGGCCUCCCUGGUUCAAUGUCGGCUUACAGCAGGACUGUUCUGAGUACCUCAGAUUUCUUCUAGACAGGUUACACGAAGAGGAGAAAACACUCCAGGUCCUGGAGUCGGUUAAGCCGAAGGUUGCUCCCCCUGUUGACAAGAGCAGCAAAGACCAAACUGGUCCGACUUCUCCAGAGAACGGCGAUGAGUCGUCUUUGACUCCGGCAGAAGUCAAACCUGAGAAUGACGGGAGGACUUUGAUAGAAAGGGCGUUCGGUGGGAAGCUGAUCACGGGCAUUCGCUGUAUGCAGUGCAACGGCAUCUCUGAGAAGGAGGAGCCUUUUACAGACCUCUCUUUGGCUUUCUGUCCUUCUGCCUCUCCGGGCGGCUCUCAGCCGGAGGGGCCCUCUGAGGAACCCAAGGUGCUCUGUCAGGGAUCCGUCAAUGGCGGCAGUGAAAUUCCAGAGUCAGCCUCGGCCAAAGCACCAGCGAGCAGUGUUCAGUUUGUGCCAGUGACCAAUGAGCCUCCUCUGUCUGUGCCUGACUUGGUGAACUAUUUCCUGGCUCCAGAGAUCCUGGAUGAAGAGAAUGCCUAUUUCUGUGAGAAGUGUAGCUCCCUCCAGCGGGCAGAGAGGACCAUGAAAGUGGUGUCGGCACCUGAAUACUUGAUCCUCACCCUGCUGCGAUUCUCAUAUGAUGCCAAAUGCCACGUCCGGAGGAAGAUAUUGGACAACGUCACCAUCCCGCCACUCAUGGGACUUCCGGUUCACGCCCCUUUAAUGCCGACACAAUGUUCCUCUUGCACCUCUUCCCCUCUACAAGUGGACUCCCCUGAGAGCAGUGAGAAUCUGGCAAAGAAGCUCAAACCGUCUCAAAUCGACGAGGAGGAAGAGGAGACGGAAAGAAUAGUUGUAGCCGAGCAGAUCGAUAGCGGAGGCGAGAUGUCAGUCCAGUCGGUGCCCUAUGUCCUCAGCUCGGUGGUGAUGCAUUCUGGGAUAUCGUCGGAGAGUGGCCACUACUAUUCUUACGGUCAUAAUAUUAAUGGAGCCGACGGAGCGCAGCAUCCAGCCGACGACUUUGACCUCAAGGAUGAUUUAGGGAACGGCCACCCCGAGUGGAGCCUCUCCGCUUGCUCGGCUCUCUCCAUUGCGCCCGAGCAAGGGAACGCGCUCCCUUAUAGUGGCCAGGAGGCAAAGGAUUGGCUGCUGUUCAAUGAUAGCCGAGUGACAUUCACGUCCUUCCAAUCGGUGCAGAACAUUACAAACCGCUUCCCCAAGGACACGGCGUAUGUGCUCAUGUACAGGAAGCAGGAGCUACCCGGGCGGAAAGUAAACGGGGGACUCUCGGCAAACGGAAUGAAAUUGAGUGUUGAGCCUCCGCUGCAGAAAGAACUACUGGAUGCUAUAAUCAAGGACAACAAGCUGUAUUUACAGGAGCAGGAGCUCAAUGCUCGGACCCAGGCUCUCCAGGCGCCGUCAUCCUCCUGCUCUUUCAGGCCCAACGGUUCAGAUGACAAUAACCCACCGGGGAGCUGCGGCCCAUCUGGUGGAGGUGGAGGGGGCGGGGGCUUCAAUACCAUUAGUAGACUGGUCUUCUGAAGGAAACACUUGCUGCAGGAAACCAGACCAAGGGGCACGAAGAGUCCAGAACUGAUCAUACCAUCGAUGUGCAUAUAACCUCAUGAAAAGAGCACUGAAAUGAUCUAACGCACACGCACACGCACACACACACGCACACUCGCACACGCGGUGUCUGCGCUGAUUUUGAAAAUUACGUUGAUUUUUGUUCCUUCUAAAAUAUUUUGAAUACCACUGUUUCACUCAUUAUUUGAUUGUAAUUUAUUUAUUGAGAUUAUUUAUUUGUGAUCUCAACAUUCAUUCUUUCAUUGAACUUCCACAUUUUAAAACUUGAGACGGAUAAAAAAAACGUAUUGGUGCGAAUGUAUUCUCUCCCGUGAAUGAAAAAAAGCGACAAUAAUAAUCCAUUGCAUACAUUGAUAGAUAUGUGAUACUGGUUGAGUCGCGAACAUGCUCAUGGUAUCUGCUUGUUGCAGUGUUUAUAAUAUUAUCACAUGAAAGCGUUCAACUGUGAGAUAGAUAGACUUUUUUGAUUUGUAAUAAUUCUGAACAUACAGCUCACAACCUUUUGUGCAUUUUUCUGAUUUGCAUGCAGCUUUUCUUCACGAGCUGUUCUCUGAUUUGAAUGAAAUUUUGAUCUUUUUUGAUGUGUGUUGCUUUGUUUUACAGGUUUCAUAUCCCAUGCAAUAAAUGUAAAUAUGACAAACUAUCAUCACAGAAUACAAAACUGUGUGGAAAAUCGAAUACUACAUUUUGGUAAUCUGCACGAUAAAGGCAUUUUCAACAAGAGUAUUAGAUGCUGACUGAUGGGUUGGGUUUAAACAUAUUUAAGAGUUAACUGUUUUACAACCUGUUUUAAUGUAUUCCUCUGAGUUGAUCGUUCAGGGAGACUUUUGUGUUCAUGCUGAUUUCAUGUGCCUUUUUGAUAUAUUUAAUGCAGAUUUUUGAAGAGGAAUUUGUCAGGAUACACGACUCAGCUGUACUGUGUUAAUAUUCAUCCUGGCUUCACAUGUCCAUACAGUAAAAACAACCCUGUAUACGUUG